AACCCCGUGCCACCAAGCAGCAGCAAAAUUCAACACCUGUGCUCUGUUUUUGGCUUAUUCUCUUUCCUUUCAACACCUGUCCAAAGCCAAAGCUUCAAGCUUUUUCUCUAUUCUGCUCCUCUUCAAUUAUCAUAUCAUAUAAACAUACAGAAAAAGAAAUGGGUUCUUUGAUGAGUUCACCGAAAAAGAAAGAACAGAUGGAAGCAGCGUUGAAUAAGGCUAAGGGCAUAGUAUCCUCUUCCCCUGUUGUUGUCUUUAGCAAGACUUACUGUGGUUAUUGCAAGCGGGUCAAAGAUCUCUUCCUACAGCUUGGAGCAUCCUACAAGGUUUUUGAAUUGGACACAGAAAGAGAUGGAGAUGAUAUUCAUUCAGCUUUAAUCGAGUGGACAGGACUUAGGACAGUGCCUAACGUGUUUAUUGGAAGAAAGCACAUUGGUGGUUGUGAUACUGUUUUGGAGAAACACAAAACAGAACAACUAGUUCCUCUUCUGAAUGAUGCUGGGGCGAUUGCCAAUAACUCUGCUCAACUGUGAACAACUAUGUUCAGUAACAAAGUAUUUUCUAAAAUAAGAUGAAAUAGGAGAAAGUAUAUGCUAAAAUUUCAAGCAUGACUUCGCAUGAAUAGCAUGCUCAGCAAGUAUAAGUAUAGGAGAUGGCUCAAAUUAUGUUAAAUAAGACCAUCUUAUCCUCAUGAAUGUAUCAUCAAAGUUGAAACAUCAUUACGUGUAAUUUUUCUAAGUGAUUACGUGGUCCCCU